ACCAAAUCCAACAUGGCGAAGCAAUCAUCUUCUAAUGAGGAAUAACUAGGAAGUACAAAACGAUAUUGUAGAAAAUGGCGGACGGAGGUAUUGGAUCAGAUGAAUUUGUCAACUUUAAAUGUUGUUUAUGUGAAAAGAAACAUGUCACAAAAGAGGCGGAUAUUUAUUGUGUGGAAUGUCAGGAUUAUUACUGUACACAAUGUACAGAGUUGCACAAAAUGUUUCCUGCAAUGAGCACACAUCAGUUUAUAGACAAGUCAAGUUUUAACACAGUUACCUUACAGAAAUCGUUGCCAAGUUUUCCAGUUGAAAAAUGUGAAGCUCAUAAAACCAAGCUGCUGGAUAUGUAUUGUGCUGACCACGAUGAUGUAGCAUGUGUGACCUGUAUAGCUAUAAAACAUAGAACCUGCCAACAUAUACAUUCGAUAUCAGAUGAAGUUGAUGACUUAUGUAAGGAGAUAGAUGCUGAUAAAACAAAUACUGAGCUGAUUCGCAUAAAAACUAAAAUUGAGGAGGCUGAGACAGCAAAGAAAGUUCUUAUCAAAGAGCUCAAUGCACAGAAGGAGAAAGCAACAGAGUCAAUAAGACAAUUCAGAAAAGAAAUGGAGGUAAUACUUGAUACAUUUGAAAAGGCUACAUUAAAAACUUUAGAGGAAAAGUACAAAAAUGGCAAAGAGAAACUAGAGAACGAGAUUAAAAACUUACAUAGACAUAUUGAUGAACUCAAAGUAUCAUCACAAAAACUAACAAAGUCAGUUGGGAAAAAAAGCACAGGAUUUUUUUCGCUGUAA